CUGGGGUCUGGGCUGAAACCUGUAGGAGGAUAUUACGGGGUUUUUUCUCAUCUACUUUAAUAUCUACGAAAGGAGAUAACUUACAAGAAGGCAAACCGCGUCCGCGAUGGCUCUUCUCCGGCGAGACUCCCUGGUAAUCGGGCAGCUGCUGCGGCUGGUUCUGCUACACACGGCCUGGGAGGUGGGCAGCGGCCAGGUCCGUUAUUCCCUGCCGGAGGAAUCCAAACACGGCACCUUUGUGGGCCGCCUGGCCCAGGACCUGGGGCUGGAGGUGUCGGAGCUGGUGCCUCGGAUGUUCCGGAUGGUCUCCAAAGGCAGGGGAGACUAUUUUGAGGUAAAUUUGCAGAGCGGCGUUUUGUUUGUUAAUUCGCGAAUAGACAGGGAAGAGGUGUGCGGCCAGAGCCCCCUGUGCGCCAUUGACCUGGAGGUGAUAGUGGACAAACCCCUGAGGAUAUUUCACGUGGAAGUGGAGAUACAGGAUGUAAAUGACAAUGCUCCUGCUUUUCCCGCACCUGAAAAAAAUCUAUUUAUUUUAGAAUCCAGACUGCCAGACUCGCGUUUUCCACUAGAGGGCGCGUUUGACGCAGAUAUUGGUAUAAAUUCUCUGCUAACCUAUAAACUCAGCCCAAAUGAAUAUUUCAGUAUAGAUGUGAAGAAAAAUAACGAGCAAAGAAAAUCGUUAGUCCUUCUGUUAAAAGAACCUCUGGAUAGAGAGGAAACCUCCGUGCAUCAUUUAUUACUCACUGCCACUGAUGGGGGCAAACCGGAGCUCACGGGCACAGUUCAGCUGGUGAUCACUGUGCUGGAUGCCAAUGACAACGCGCCUGUGUUUAAUCAGUCCAUCUAUGAAGUGCGUUUGUUAGAAAAUGCGGCUAAUGGGACAUUAAUCAUUAAACUCAAUGCAACCGAUUUAGAUGAGGGAAUUAAUAAAGACAUUUCAUAUUCAUUUACUAAUUCUUUUAAUCCUAAUUUAAGGAAUAUGUUUAGUUUAGAUCCAAACACUGGUGAAGUAAGAUUUAAAGGAGAAUUAGACUUCGAAAAUAUCAGGUUAUAUGAAAUUCAAAUCGAAGCAACUGAUAAAAGUACUUUCCCCUUGACUGGACAUUGCACCCUCGUGGUGGAAGUGUUAGACGUGAACGAUAACGCCCCUGAGCUGGCCGUGACUUCCCUUUCCCUGCCGGUACCGGAGGACGCUCCCCCGGGGACGGUGGUGGCUCUUAUUAGCGUCUCCGACCGGGACUCGGGAGACAACGGCAAAGUCACCUGCUCCAUCCCCCCGGACCUGCCGUUUCAGCUCGUCUCCACCUUUAAGAAUUAUCACUCGCUGGUGCUGGCGGAGGCCGUGGAUCGGGAGCGAGUGUCUGAAUAUAAGAUCCUGGUGACAGCCAGAGACGAAGGGGCCCCGUCUCUCUCGGCCAGCAGCAGCAUUUUGGUGCCGAUCGCGGAUGUGAACGAUAACGCCCCUGCUUUCCCUCAGCCCGUGUACACGGUGUUUGUGAAGGAAAACAACCGUCCCGGGGCCCAUCUCUUGAGCGUGUCGGCGUCGGACCCGGACCUGCGGGAAAACGCCUUUGUGAGCUACUCGGUGGUGGAGCGCAGUGUGGGAGAGCAGCAGCCCGUGUCCAGCUACAUCUCGGUGCACUCGGAGAGCGGGCACAUCUAUGGGCUGCAGCCCUUUGACUACGAGGAGCUGCAAGUGCUGCAGUUCCAGGUGAGCGCGCGGGACGCCGGGUUCCCCUCCUUGUGCGGGACCGUGACUGUGCAGCUCUUCGUCGUGGAUGAAAAUGACAACGCGCCGGCAGUGUCCGCGCCUGGCUCCGGCCGCGGCUCGCCAGGGCCCGAGCUGGUUCCGCUGUCGGCCGGCGCAGGGCACGUGGUGGGCAAGGUCCGAGCGGUGGAUGCGGAUUCCGGCUACAACGCGUGGCUUCGCUACGAAGUGCAGGAGGCCAGGGCUGCGGGGCCUUUCCGGGUGGGUGUGUACAGCGGGGAGAUCAGCACCACGCGGGCCUUGGAGGAGUCGGACGGCCCCAGCCAGAGACUCGUGAUCCUGGUGAAGGACCAUGGGGAGCCGGCGCUGUCAGCCACAGCCACGGUCAGCCUGUCCCUGGUGGAGAGUCCCCAGGCUGUGAAAUGGGACUCGAGGCGAAGGGUCGGGAGCGAAGGGCCCUUGGUUGACAUGAACGUGUCUUUAAUGAUCGCCAUUUGCUCUGUGUCCGGGCUGUUUGUGCUGGUGAUUGUCGUGUACGUUGCCUUGAGGUGCCACACGGGUCCGGAAGUGAUGUGCGGUCCUGGGAAAGCCACCGUGGUGUGCUCGAGCGAAGUGGGGAGUUGGUCCUAUUCGCAGCGCCAGAGCCGGAAUUGUGUGUCGGGGAAGGCACCGCCAAGAAUGACCUGAUGGUUUUCAGCCCCAACUUUCCUAACUCUGCAGAGAACGGAGAAAAAGAGAAACAGCAGGAGAUGACGCCUAAUCUCUGUGGAACGCCAAAACAACCCAAUCCUGAUUGGCGUUAUUCUGCAUCCCUAAGAGCAGGAAUACAAAG